UGGAAAAAAAUAAAAAUAAAAACUUGGUCUUUUUCAAUAUUCCAUUUCUGAUUUUUCUCCACAGUUCACCACGAAUUUCCAACUCAUGCUCUGCCACUAUCAAAUUUUGGGACUGCAAACCAAACCAAACCAAAAAACCCAAGUGACUGACUAGUGUGAAGAGGAGAAAGGGAGAGAGAGAGAGAGAGGAGAGAGAGAGCCAAUUGGUUUGUUUCUCACCAGUUUCAACCUUUUUCUGGGACCGUGAAAUCCUUCUAAACCUUUCAGCUCAAGUGGGUCAUUUUUUGAGGUCCAACAAUUCCACUUGCUUAUCUUUCCUCUCUUACCUGCCCCCCAUCUCUUUCUCUCUCCCUCUGUUUUUUUUUUUUAAUUCAUUCUCUUAAAUGUUUAAACUCCCCCAAUAGUCCAAUCGUUCUUGUUUUUUCUUUUACUUGUUUCCUUUGUUUUGUGUAGAAAGUGAGAUCCAUUUCUCUCUCAAUUUGGCAAUUGUAUACUCUGAUUAUACUGAUUAUUCUGGUUCUGGAGGGUGAGUAAGAGGUCAAAAGUGGUGAAAUUGAUAUAUUUAUUUUUUGGGUGUGCCAUAUGUUUGAGUAUUUGCCUCUGUGAUAUCUUCAAAGAUCAUUUUUUUUUUCUUCCCUUUUUCUGAAAAGGGUAGGUGGGAACUUUCAAUUGAAGCAUCUGGGUCUUCUUACAAUAGGAAAAGCUUCACUGUUACUACUUGAAAUCGUUUUCUUUUGUGGGUUUUCAAUGAUGGGUUGUACUUAGAUUUAGGGUCCUUUGUGGGGUUUAGCUGUAUAAGACGAAGAAAGACAGUAGAGGGGGUCUUUUUUCGGAUUAGUUUGAAGUUACUGUUUCUGUGUUGAUAUACUGUUUGGGAUUUCAUGCUUGGUCCAAGACAAUGGAGAUGUUUAUGGCCAGACUUCUAUUCCUUUAGCAUUCAGUACAGAAGCUUGAGGAAGUAACAUGAAGAACCUGCUUAAGAAGCUCCAUAUCAUGUCAAAUCAAUCAGAAGAUGUAGAAGGAGGAUCUACUUCGUCGAGGGGCAGCAAGUCCAUUGAUGGGUCUUCUCCUGAUAGUCAUUUAAUUCCGCGGCCUCAUCAUAGUUCUGAGAACAAACCCUUUUCUGGGCUCUCCGGAUGGUUGAAUUCAGUUGCUAAUAGAAAUAGCUCAAACAUCUCAUCUUCUUCUAAUAUGACAAGAACUGAGAGAACAGAACCAUCUGAUGCAGUAAGUAUUGUGACAGGUUUAGAUGUUGGUUCGGAUGCAUUGGGGCGUGAUUCAGGGUCUAGUAACUCAAGAGAUCCUGAUGUAGAGGAAGAAUAUCAGAUACAAAUUGCUUUGGAAAUGAGCGCCAGGGAGGAUCCAGAGGCAGUUCAGAUUGAAGCUGUGAAGCAGAUUAGUUUGGGCUCUUGUGCUCUAGAUAAUACUCCAGCUGAAGUUAUUGCUUACAGAUACUGGAAUUACAAUGCUCUUAGCUAUGAUGACAAGAUCUUGGAUGGCUUCUAUGACCUGUAUGGAAUCUUGACUGAGUCCACCUCAGAAAGAAUGCCUUCCCUUGUUGAUCUACAAGGAACACCUGUAUCAGAGGGAGUCGCCUGGGAAGCAGUUUUGGUCAAUAAGGCUGCAGAUUCCAAUUUAUUGAAGCUUGAGCAGGUGGCACUAGAGAUGGCUGUAAAGUCAAGAUCGGAUUCUUUGGUUUUUGUAAAUAGCGAUUUGGUGAGAAAACUUGCUGUUUUAGUAGCCAACUAUAUGGGUGGGCCAGUUGGGAAUCCUGAAAACAUGUUGAGAGAAUGGCAAAACCUUACUUACAAGUUGAAAGCAACACAUGGUAGCAUGGUUUUGCCACUUGGUUCUCUAAAAAUUGGAUUGGCUCGGCAUCGGGCAUUGCUGUUCAAGGUUUUGGCUGAUAGUGUCAGCAUUCCAUGUCGACUAGUAAAGGGACCACAGUAUACUGGUUCCAGUGAUGUGGCAAUGAACUUUGUAAAAAUCAAUGGUGGAAGGGAGUACAUUGUUGAUCUAAUGUCAGAUCCUGGCACACUUAUUCCAUCUGAUGCAGCUGGAUCACAUAUAGAAUAUGAUGAUUCUUUCUUCUCGGGUAGUCCUUUAUCCAGGGACAUUGAUUCAUCUCAUGUAGCUUCUUCCAGUAGUGGAGUUGGAAGUUCGUUUGAGGAUCAUUCAGACUUCGGGACAUUUGAAAACCGAUCUAGGAUAAGAAAUCCUCCUUCCACAGGGAGGGAUUCUGAUGACAAAGAGGAACUAACUGCUCUUGCACAACUAACUGUGGAAUCUAAAGCUGAGGAAACAAAAGCUGAGGGAGAAUCCAAGAUGCUCUCAGAUGAUUUAAAAAAACCAUCCAAUGUUGAGAAGGGGCUUGCGUGGGAUUUUCCAAACAAAAGUAGCUACCCUCAUGGUCAUGGGCAUGCAAGAUCUCCUUCUUGGACUGAAGGUGUUGGCUCUCCUGCUGUUCGUAAAAAGAAAGUGAAGGAUGUUUCAAAAUACAUGAUAGAUGCUGCCAAAGAAAACCCAAAGUUGGCUCAAAAACUCCAUGAUGUGCUGCUCGAAAGUGGUGUUAUUGCUCCCCCUAAUCUGUUUACAGAAAUCUAUCAAGAGCACUUAGAUGCAUCAACAGCUGAGGCUAACGCCCAAAAAGAUUAUGUGGGUGAAACUAAAGAAGGCAGUGGAAGUGGAACUCGAGAAAAUAGAGGCCAAGAUGAUAUUGCUCGACCUUCCUUUCUACCUCCUUUACCGCACCACAGGGCACAGUCAAAAGCAAGCUCUCCGGGUCAACAAGAGCUUCUAAAACUUGUCGAAGGUUUGGGGGUAAACCUUACACGUGAUAAUCGGGAAGUAGCAGGACAUGUUAUUUCAUCAGCAUCUGAAAUAACCCCCCCUAAAUAUGGUAAAAAUGUCCCUGUUGCCGCUGCUGCGGCAGCUGCAGCAGCUGUUGUAGCAUCUUCAAUGGUUGUUGCUGCAGCAAAGUCAAGUGCUGAUUCAAAUCUUGAACUUCCAGUAGCAGCAGCAGCCACUGCUACCGCCGCAGCUGUGGUUGCAACAACUGCAGCCGUCAGUAAGCAAUAUGAGCAGGGUAUGCGAAGUGAUGGUGACACAGAUAGCGGUGGUUAUGAACCACGGGGUAGUGGUGACCGUGAACAUGAUGCUGGGGGAGCAAAUUCAUCAGGCGAGAGAGUAUCGGAUAAGUCAGCAGGUAACGAUAGCUCAAAAUCUGACUCAAUUGAUGACGUUGCUGAGUGCGAGAUUCCAUGGGAUGAUAUCACCAUGGGGGAGCGUAUCGGACUUGGAUCCUAUGGGGAGGUCUACCGCGGAGAGUGGCAUGGAACUGAAGUUGCUGUGAAGAGGUUCCUGGACCAAGAUAUUUCAGGCGAAUCGCUUGUAGAAUUCAUGAAAGAGGUUCGAAUAAUGAAAAGACUUCGGCAUCCCAAUGUUGUCCUGUUCAUGGGAGCUGUGACUCGUACUCCAAAUCUUUCAAUUGUUACAGAGUUUCUUCCAAGAGGUAGUUUAUAUAGGUUACUUCAUCGGCCUAACAAUCAAUUAGAUGAACGACGGCGUUUGAGAAUGGCCCUUGAUGCUGCUCGGGGAAUGAAUUAUUUGCACACUUGCUCACCAGUGAUUGUACAUCGUGAUUUGAAGUCCCCAAAUCUUCUUGUUGAUAAGAAUUGGGUAGUAAAGGUCUGUGAUUUUGGACUGUCUAAAAUUAAGCACAGCACAUUUCUCUCUUCAAGGUCCACUGCAGGAACGGCUGAAUGGAUGGCUCCCGAAGUGUUAAGAAAUGAACCUUCCGAUGAGAAGUGUGAUGUCUAUAGCUUUGGGGUCAUAUUAUGGGAACUUUCUACGAUGCAACAGCCGUGGGGGGGAAUGAAUCCCAUGCAAGUUGUUGGUGCAGUUGGAUUUCAACAUCGCCGUCUCGAUAUUCCAGAUGAUAUGGAUCCUACAAUUGCAGAUAUCAUCAGACAAUGUUGGCAGACAGAUCCAAGAUCAAGACCAACAUUUGCCGAGAUCAUGGCAGCUCUGAAGCCGUUACAGAGGCCGAUAAAUAGUAGUUCGCAAGUUCCCAGACCUGGUGCAUCAGUCGGACGCGAGAGAGUUCAUCCAGCUCGAGUUUCGGAAGAACCUGCAGACUAGAAAGAGCAAAAUUUUUUUUCUUUCUUUUUCUUUUUUCUAUGUGACUGAACAUGGGGUUGUUCCAACCAAGUAAUGCUGAGUCAAUUUGCAGGUUGUUUGGAACAAGUGAGAAAGAAAACGUUUGAAGAUCAUGAGAUAACAAAUACUCAGAAUUUGAGAUUGUGAUUCUUUUGUUCUUCAUUUCCUUUUUCCCUUUGUAUUCUUACUGGGGCAGCCGUUCUCAAGGGUGUGCUUUCAAUGUAAAAAAUUAAAAAAAAUUAAAAAAAAAAAGGAAAAAAAAAGUUCAAAUGAAUUUGGUGUAAUCCAUGUUUGGUA